AUGGGCCGAGCUACCACUUCGCGCCAGGAUGCAAGGUGUGCUCGCGCCCGGCGCUUGGUGCGUUUGGGAGACACGCUGCCAAGGAUCGCCUGCCUUGCCGCCAUGUUCCUGGUUCUCUUCAGCCUCUCCCUGAUCUUGGGCCCGCAGGAGCCGACCUACGACCAUGCACACAAUGCACGGACUUGCUCCAUCUGCAGCGGUCGGCCGCUGCUUGGGUUGAGAAGUUUCGGUGGGUUGGUUCUAGGACUUUCGGUCGUCAUGCUCACGCUGAAGCACCAGAUCCUGCCACGAGUCGUUGCUCCGGGCCAGUUCGAGGCUGGGUUCUGUUUGGGCAAGUACUACGGCUUCGGUGCGCAGAUCCUCUACCACUGCGUGCUGGCCGUCUGCUUCCUCGUGGCUUCCUGUACCCGGUCGCCCGCUUUGUACCACGUGGCAACCUUGGCCGAGCCCGCCUACUGCACGCUGGAUGUACUUCUGCUGCUGUGCACCGGUGUCUCCUUCACCCACUGGCAGGCCCUCCCGCUCUUGGUGCACCACACGAUCUCCUGUGCCUGCACCCACGCCUUGAUGUACGGCCUGCCGGAAUCCAUCUUCGGGCUCCUGUUGCAGCUGGUGUUCCAUGCCUCCAGCGCCGUGUGCCUGGGUAUCGCCAACGCUCAAAUGACUCCGAGCCUCAAGCUCACGUCCCAAGAGAGGCUGUCAAUGCAGAGCCUGUCCCUGGAGAUUUGGGCACUCACACGCGUUUGCUUCGUCUUCUGCUUGGCCCUUUGCCUUCUGUCGGAGGCUGCGCAGCUUUCGAACCGGCAUGUUGUCAUGGUGGAGCUGAGCAUGGCGCAUUUGGGGUCCUUUGCCUUUGUCAUCCUCAAGACGCCAAUCCUCACCCAUGCUCUGCGGGAGGCGAUGCAAGAUUACAUCUCGGAGCACGUGCAUCACAACAUGCACAAGGUGGUGGUGGCGUUGCACGACGUGGAAAUUGGCUUGCAAAGCUCACAGCUCAACGUCGUAAAAGUGUCCUCAUGCGCCUUCUGCUGUAGACAGGCUGCCGAGCUCCUCUUGGUGUCGAUUGACAAGCAAGGCAUUGACGGCCUGAAACUUUCAGCUCCUACCUGCGCAAUCCUGCGAAAAGCCGGCUGGGCACUGGCCGCAGAGGAAGCUCCCAAGGAGCCCGUGGUCGCAGAAGGAGCUCCCAAGGAGUCCCUGGCCAUCGUCAAGGCUGAGGAGGUCGGAAACCUCGUAGCCGAUGACGAGUGGCUGGGCCUUGGCAUAGAGCUGGGCAUCGUGCUGCGCAGCGCGGUGCGAGAAAGCAUCAAGGGCCGAGUUCGGGACUUCAUCGGCAAAGACAGCUACGAGUUCGGCGACCUCAGCAAGGAGGCCGAUGCUCGAGUGAAGGCGGUGAUUGCGGACAUGCGUGGGAAGGAGAAUUACGAACUUGGCGACCUGACCCUGGCUCUCGAUAACAUCGUCAAGGACGAAGUCUGCCGACUCUCUGGCAAGGACCCGGGCGAGUACGAGAUGGGCGACUUGUCAAAGGAGAUCGAUCGCCGUGUGAAAGUCGUCGUGGCGGACUUCUGUGGCAAGGAGACCUACGAACCUGGUGACCUCACGCGAGAGGUCCAGCGCCGGGUGUCGAACACGGUGGCGGACUUCACCGGUAAGGAGGAUUACACCUUCGGCGACAUCACGAGAGAGCUGAACAAUCGCCGAACAGAGUGGAUGAAGAGCUACCUUGGCAAGGAGGACUACCAGUUUGGUGACAUCACAAAGAAAGUGCUGUCGGACUUCACGGGCAAAGAGGACUUCACGCUUCUUCGACGUGAAGUUACCAAGGACAGCGCUGAGACGCUCUCCCUGGCCGAUGACAUCUACAUCGAGGAGCUCCGAAAGACGGGGCACUAUGACAAGAUCGGCCAGGCGGAUUGGUACGACAUGCCUCACGAUGUGCUGGCGCGCAUCUCCAAUCGUAUCAUCAAUGAGGUAUCGAAGACCAUUGGCUUCCUUGGCCCUUGCGCGUAG